AUAAAUGAUCACUCAUAAUUUAAUAAUCUAUUCCAUUAUUACAAUAUGGAUUCUAACUGUACAUUAUGUGAAUUGUGCUGGGAUACUAUGGGGUGAUCAUUCAACUGACACAACAAAGACAUAUAUAAGAACGACAACGAAAGCUUCAAGACCAGUUACUGAAAAACAAGGACCAUAUUAUCCCAGAAGACAACCUAAACUAAUUUGUACACAGAGAGGUGGAAUAAUUCAAUGCUAUUCUGUAAAUAAAGGUAAAUUGGACGAUCUAUUCAACAGAGUUGUUAUGAUUAUGAUUACUAAUUGUUAGGUUCUAGAUAUUCUUCCAUUACUGAUACAUAUGACUACAUUUGAUCCAUAUCUGUCAAUAUAUGUGAUCUCUGAAUAGUGGCGAUGAUAUUGGUUGUAGUGACAACAUGAUAAUAUUUAGAGAUCGUGACUGAUAGGUCGUAUGGAAGAACUGAUUUAUCCACUAAGUUCUAACUCAUUAGUUUAAAAAGAAAACUAUUCACGAAGAAACUUGUAGAUCUUAGGUUUGAUCCUUGUUAAGUUUCUAGAUGUGAAGAAUAGAGAAUCAAGUAGCUAUUUAACAUUAUCUUCAGUGAGUAACUGCCUCUACAACAGACAUGGUUGAAAUUCACUGGCUAUGGCUUCUCACUAGAACUCUGGGAAAUACCUCAUGAAUUCAACUGUUACAAAAAAUUCAACAAUAUCCACAAAACCCCAUUCAGAUAAUAAUCAUCAUCUGCUCAUUAAUGACUGGCUUCAAAUGUUAUUUUCUGAAGUUCCAGUGAGAAGCCGUAGUCAGUGGAGUUCAACUGUGUUUAUUUAAUAUUAAUCGUUUAUCAAUGGUUGUCUUGUAGUGAACGAGAGCACAAAUGGGGACAAUCGAAUGUAUUUCAACACAAAAUUACAUAAUCUCUUAGUAAAAUCUAAGAACCAUUCAGUAAAUACUUCAUUUGUAAAAUGUCAAUUAAUUGUCUCAAACCUGACUGUUCCUUCGUUUCCACACCAAAUAUUCUCUGCUGGUAUAUCCAACUGAAGAGUCCUAAUUAGGACGAAACGCGCGCCAAAUUGGAUUCCACUGCCAAUUGUUAUCAAUCUUUGCUUAAAAAGCUUGUGACUUGAGACUAUAUCGAGGCAAUUCGCACAGGAUGCACAUAUGUCAAUAAGAGAGAAAUUGAUC